AUGGAGUUCGUUAUGCUCCUGGCCGUUCUCUUGUGCCUCCUAGCCGGAAUGGUCAUUCUGCGAAGUUACACCAGGCGAGCCCAUGCUCAGGCCACCAUAUACCACGUCGGCGACCCAGCUGUUGCUCAUCGAGCGCUCAUUGGGAACGCCGACGACUUCUUAAACCGGCCGGCAGCGAGCUUCCCCACCUCCCUGGCCACCUGGCGCCAUGGCGAACGCAACGACAACAUAGCCACUGUGAGCUACGGCCCGCAGUGGCGAGUGCUCCGGUGCAACCUCACAGCUGAGAUCCUCUCACGCCUCGGCUCGUUGGCCCCGCUGCAUGAGGAGGUCGCCCAGGCCCUUGUCGCAGACCUCUCUGCCCGUUGCGGCGGCGGAGGCGACGUGGCCGUGCGUGAGCCCAUCACCAAAGCUGUGUUCACGCUGGUCACACGCCUGUGCUUCGGCGAUAUUGUGGACGACAGCCAGAGACAUGCCAUUGGACGCGUGAUACGCGACUCCAUUGUCGCCGCAGGUAAGCUCAGCCCCGGGUUCGAUGGCUCGAUGCUAUCCAAGCUCGCGAACUGGAGGGGGUUUCGCCGGAUCUCCGCCGUGCUCAAACGGCAGCCCAAGCUGUACCUCCCUCUGAUCGCGGCACGGAGUCAGUCGCAGUCUCAGCUCUGUGGUGGCAUUGUCCAUCCUUACGUCGACUCGCUCCUUGAUCUUCGUGUCCCAGAGGACAAUGGUGAUGCCUCCGGCCCCGGGCGUCCUCUUCGAGACGGCGAGCUGGUGGGCCUUGUGUUCGAGUUCCUUGGAGCAGCCACGGGAUCAACCGCAGCCUGCCUCGAGUGGACCCUCGCCCACCUCAUCGACCAGCCAGAGACCCUGGACAAGCUGCGCGUCGAGAUCGACGAAGAGGCCGACGCCGGCGGGAUACUCUCCAGCAAGAGCCUUCGCGGCGGCAUGCCGUACCUGAACGCUGUGGUCCUCGAAUGCCUUCGCAUGCACCCGCCGGUACCGAUCGGAAGAGAUGCCAAGAGGUGGACUGACCCUGAUAAGUUUAGGCCGGAGCGGUUCCUUGCCGGAGGCGAGGCCGAGGACAUCGGGCCGGCGCCGGGCCCCAAGGAGAUCAGGAUGAUGCCGUUCGGUGCGGGACAUCGGCACUGCCCUGGCGUGAACAUGGGAAUGUUGCACAUCAAGUGCUUCUUGGCGGCGCUCGUGCACAACUUCGACUGGGCGCUGUCGGCGGAAGACUGCAGCAGCGGUGUCGACAUGACGGAGCAGGAUGGCUUCAUAAAAAUAAUGAAGAAGCCGCUCUCCGCGCGUGUCACUAGACGCACUUGA